CCCGGAUCUGCUCCAGUCCCCGGAGAAUCGUGUUGCCGGCGCCGCCUCCACAUACGUUAGCCCGCUUGGCGAAAGUGUCAUUUUUUUAAAACAAAGUUGAGGCAAGGAAUGUUCGUUUGACCUUUAAGGUUAGCGUUCUCCUUUAGCAGAAUCUGGUGUCCAAUCGGCUUCCUCUCGUUUAUUAUUACCAGGGAAGAGAACUGCUGACUUCAACCUGUGAUAAACACUCUCCCUCCCUGACCUUUUGCCCCAGCCAGGCUAGUUUUACCUCAAAGGGUCAGUUUGCAGGAGGUAAUCUCUCACCUUUCUCACGGUUUCCAUCCAACUUUCUAAGUCUUCCCUUCCCUCUUCUCACCACUCCCCCCGUCCCCCCGCGCCCACCCCACUCCCCGCCUUGGGCAACAGUCGGCCUGUUGGACUCUUGUUUGCCUUAAGAAAAUUUAUUGAACACCUGCUCUAUGACAGGAAACGAGGAUACAAAAGAUAAGGGGUUGACCAACACUACUUGGAUGAAUUCGGCCAUCUUCUAGGAGACUUGAAUGUUAAAUUUCUAUAAACAAAUAAUCAAGUUCUCUCUUGUUUGGAGCAAUGCUGAAAUUCCAAGAGGCUGCUAAGUGUGUGAAUGGAUCAAUAGCCAUUUCUACUUAUCCAAAGACCUUGAUUGCAAGAAGAUAUGUCCUUGAACAAAAACUUGGUAGUGGAAGUUUUGGAACUGUCUAUCUGGUUUCAGACAAGAAAGCAAAACAAGGAGAGGAAUUAAAGGUACUGAAGGAAAUCUCUGUUGGAGAUCUUAAUCCAAAUGAGACUGUGCAGGCCAAUUUGGAGGCUCAGCUCCUUUCCAAGCUGGACCACCCCGCUAUUGUCAAGUUCCAUGCGAGCUUUGUGGAGCACGAUAAUUUCUGCAUUAUCACAGAGUACUGUGAGGGCCGCGAUCUGGACUGUAAAAUUCAGGAAUAUAAGGAAGCUGGCAAAACCUUUCUGGAAAGUCAAAUAAUAGAAUGGUUUAUCCAGCUGUUACUAGGAGUUGACUACAUGCAUGAAAGGAGGAUACUUCAUCGAGACUUGAAAUCAAAGAAUAUAUUUCUGAAAAACAAUCUUCUUAAAAUUGGGGAUUUUGGAGUUUCUCGACUCCUAAUGGGAUCCUGUGAUCUAGCCACCACUUUAGCUGGAACUCCCCAUUACAUGAGUCCAGAGGCUUUGAAACACCAAGGCUACAACACAAAGUCAGACAUCUGGUCUCUGGCAUGCAUUUUAUAUGAGAUGUGCUGCAUGAAUCAUGCAUUCACUGGCUCCAGUUUCUUGUCCAUUGUUUUAAAAAUCGUUGAAGGUGACACGCCUUCUCUCCCCAAGAGAUAUCCAAGAGAACUGAAUGCCAUCAUGGAACGCAUGUUGAACAAGAGUCCUUCACUGAGACCAUCUGCAAUGGAAAUUUUAAAAAUCCCUUACAUUGAUGAACAUCUACAGCACCUGAUGUGUAGAUACUCGGAAAUGACUCUGGAAGACAAGAAUUUGAAUUGUCAGAAGGAGGCUGCUCAGAUAAUUAAUGCCAUGCAAAAAAAGAUCCACCUGCAGACUCUGCAGGCGCUGUCUGAAGUGCAGAAAAUGACACCAAGAGAAAGGAUGCAGCUGAGGAAGCUCCAGGCAGCUGAUGAGAAGGCCCGGAAGCUGAAAAAGUUUGCAGAAGAAAAAUAUGAAGAAAAUAACAAACGAAUGCAGGAGUUGAGAUCUCGGAACUCGGAGCGGCUAAUUGUUGGUGUACUCCAUGAAUUUGAUGACCUGACUUCAGAGAACCUGUCUGAGUCUCAGCGCAUUCCUUCUGUGGACCUUGGCCCACUUGAGUCAAGUACAGAAGACACCAUAGCUGACCUUGGAGAUCAUGAGAUCCCUGAAGACCCGCUUGUGGCUGAAGAGUAUUAUGCUGAUGCCUUUGAUUCCUGUUCUGAAGAAAGUGAGGAGGAAGAAGAAGAAACAGUCUUCUCAGCAGCAGAGGAAGAGGUCAAGGAUGAGGGACCCCAGCCUGCUUACAGAACAUUCCAACAGGACAGUGAUAUUGAAGCACUGGUCAGGUGUCUGGAAAAUGUCCUGGGUUGCACCUCUCUAGAUACAAGGACCGUCACCAGCACAGCUGCAGACGUGUCCCCGAGACCAAUGGUGUUCAACAGCCCAGCGGCCAGGAGCAAGAUGAAACACAUGAGGGAGUCAGCCGUGCAGAAGCUGGGAGCUGAAGUGUUUGAGAAGGUCUACAGCUACCUCAAGAGAGCAAGGCACCAGAAGGCCAGUGAAGCCGAGAUCCAGGCAGCUCUAGAAAAAGUGGUGCCUCAUGCCAGUGACUGUUUUGAAGUUGACCAGCUCCUGUACUUUGAAGAACAGCUGCUGAUCACAAUGGGUAAAGGGCCCACACUCCAGAACCCUCACCAACAACUGUCAAAAACAAGCAAAAUCAAGGGGGCAAAUCCAUUCAACACAUAAGGGGGACUUCAUUAUGGGAAAUGGGCACAACGCUGGGGCUACCAUCUUUAGUUUUAGUUCUUUGUCAGGAGGAGUGAGUCCUUUAGAGAAUAGUAAACCAAUCUGCCUCUACUCAGUCCUGGGCCAGUCAGUGUUGGUCUAUACUCGGAGGAAAGCUUAUGGGACCGAGUAUGGCUUCCUGAAAAGCGUUCUCUGGAACGUGCCCUCAGCCCUCCCACUGGGACGGACCACCCCUGAGAUGGCCUGGAAGAACCCAUCUACCCUGAGCCAUUUCCACUUGGAGGAUCGACUCAGUGCCUCCUGCUUCGAGUCUCAUGUGCUCUAUGGUCAACCUGCUCCCUCCUUAGGUCGCUGAACACAGGCCUCUGACACACUGAGCUGCUGACCAGGAGUCACGAAUCUUCAUCUCAAGUGACCUGUUUUGGGCACUUUUGCCCUUCUCUGGCUAACAAGCAAGAUGUGUAUAAGGACCUGGACUAAAAAUCCAAAAAGCAAUUCUCUUCUGUGAUUUAUUCUCCAAGCUCAUUCAUGGAGUAUUGAAGACUUUUAUUCUUAAUAAAUAUAUUUUACCUGGUU